AACUUUAGCCAUUUGGAAAAUUUUUAAACAACCCUUCAUUGACAAUACAAUAGUUUUUAAAAAUAAUCCCCUUGUACUUCAUAUAUACUGAAUUAUAUUCUCAGUGACCUUUAAAAAAUCUCACAGUCUUAAAAAGAAUAGGAUCCUUAAACAAUCUAAAUGAGGAUAAUGAACAGAUCUACUCCUCAAGAAGUUAUUUCAGGACUUACAGAAUGACUGAUGGGUAAAAAUUAUAUUCUCCACGACGACUUGUGUGGGUCAUAACUUUGUACGUAAGGAUCAUUCCAUAAGAUGGAUAAUGUUAAGACAUUGCUGACAGUUCUAUUGUAAAUCACCACCUCUAUGUAGGACUGUUCAAGCCAACUUCAAGUUUAAAUCAACUAGGACUAGGUCCUUCAGAUGCCCUCUCUUCCAUGCAGUCGUUUACAAUGCCGAGUGUUCUCUCAGUUUUUUCGUCAUUUCUCCAAGUCUCGAUUGCCUGUGGUAAUUGCAGAUCCAUUCAACCAAAACGUCAAUGAAGUGAUCGAUGUCCGUUCACCGGAUGAAUACAAAGAAGAUCACAUUCCAGGGGCCAUAAAUCUCCCUGUUCUGAGUAACAUUGAGAGACAUGAGGUCGGGAAACUGUAUUCUGAGGAUUCAUUCAAAGGACGGAUUUAUGGAGCUCAAUUAGUGACAAAAAAUAUUAGUCAAAUAAUUCACGACCAUGUAACAGAAAAACCAAAGGAGUACUCUCCCUUGAUUUACUGUUGGCGGGGAGGUCAGAGAUCACAAAGUGUUGCCAUAGUGAUGGCACAGAUUGGAUUUAAUGUGUUUGUUUUAGAAAAAGGAUACAAAACUUAUAAAGCCAAAGUUAAGGAAUGUUUAGAAAAGCUACCUACACAGUUCACCUUCAAGGUCUUAUCAGGUCCAACAGGCUCGGGGAAGACCCAUCUUUUAUCUCAGUUAUCUGCCCUUGGUGAACAAGUUCUAGACCUGGAGGGUCUAGCUAAUCACAAGGGUUCCGUUCUGGGAUGGGACAUAAAUGGAUCGCAGCCAUCACAGAAAUGGUUCGACUCGCUGAUUGUGGAUAGACUGCGGAGAUUUAAUCCUGAUAAAGUUGUCUGGAUGGAAUCCGAGAGUGUUAAGAUUGGAAAAUUACAUGUACCUAGUGUAUUACACAAAGAAAUGGGAAAAUCACAGUAUUUUAAGAUAACUUUACCUUUGGAAGAAAGAAUACAACACAUCAUACAGAUUUAUCCAGACUAUAUUGAAAAUUUUCAAUUUACAAAAGAACAGUUAUUAAAACUUCAAAAACAUCACAGUGGUUCUAGAGUGAUGGACUGGAUAACUCUGGGGGAGAGACAGCAGUGGCCAGAGUUUGUGGAGGCUCUGCUGACGGAACAUUACGAUCCGUUAUACAGUCGGUCACAGCGUAAACACUUCAAAUCACAUGCUACUGAGGUGUAUUUAGACAGUCUGGGCCCCCAGCACGUUCAGCCAUUCCUUCAGAGGUUAAUUUCUUGUUCUCUGUCAGAGGUUAAGGAUGCCGGUAGUAUGUCUGCUUGAAAACAUGGCCUCUCCUUAUCAGCUCCUUUGCAAUGUUCCCUAUGUUUGUACAAUCAUCUGUAUGGACACAACAAUAAAUUACAUUAUGAAGCAAAACAUCAAAUAAAGAUUAAAGCAAAAGA